AUGGACACGACCAUGCAAGAAUACUACGAUGACGAGCCCGCCGAGGAUGACGCCAACGCCCAGAAUACAAACUCAUCGCAGCCGUCGGCACCCCUCCCGGACCCCAAUUCCACCCCGAGGGCGCCAAAACAACAGAGGACGAUGGGGACGAUGGCUUCGGAGGCCGCUGUGUCGGAUGUAGACUCGAGAAGCGUCACCACGACCUCCUCCAUCAACAGCUCAGCACAUUCCCUUGGGACAUCAGCUUCCAGGGGGAAGAAGCGCCCGCGCCAACCGAGUCCACGGAAACAAAAAGCCGUCAUGAGCCUGGAGGAUGCCAUCGAAUCUGUCAGCUUCGGGAGUGGCAUGGACCGACCUACUCUGUUAGAUGAACUCGAGAGCCGCAUAGAGAAUCUCGCAGAGGGCAGUGGAAUUGUCUCCCCCACACACAAGAACUCCCUCGUUUCCCAGGCGCAGCGCAGUCGACAGUUCAGCUGGGUCAAGAACAAGUCUUUCGCCCGUAUUCCCCCGCGUCAUGCUGCCCAGGAUUCAACACCCCUGUCUAGCCGUGAUCAACUGGGACCUACGCCUACUGUCGAGUGGGUCAAAGAGAUAUGGCGACAAGCCGAUGAUGCCGAGAAGAUGAGCCAUCACGAGGGCCACUGGAAUUGUGCUGUCCAUUAUCCUUUGCUCUAUGCCGCCCUCCGCCACUUUCACCAGAUGGGCGUCUGUAGCUGGUGCGCCUACCUCCCCACCCCCCACCCUCCUUCUUGGAUUCUCGUUUCUGACUGCAACUACCUUAGUACCACGGCCCAGAUCCACGCAGACUACGCGCGGUUCGAUAAAAUAGCCCAUCAUAACAAGAGGGUUGACUUCUGCGUUUAUGUCAAAGACGACUCCCCCGAGCUGAUUGCUACGACUCUCGCUUCCCCAUUCCAGUCCAUCAACCACACUGACACCGCUGGGCUCCUCCAGCGCCCCAUUGCACUCUCAGUGGAAACAAAGCUCACAGGGCAUGACUGGACACAGGCACAGAACCAGAUGGCCGCCUGGCUUCUCGCGCACUGGGAUAUGCUGGAUGACCUCGUCACGCGGGUCAGGGGUGGUGUAGUGGUUCCCCGGACUGGAGACGACGCUCGAAGGCCCCGGCCUUCGCCAGCGGCAGCCGCCGGGCUGACGCUUUUGCCCGGGAUCAUUGUGCAGGGACACGAGUGGUACUUUGUUGCGGCGACACGUGCCGCGAAUGGGAAAACCAACCUCUGGCACAAGAUGCCAAUCGGAUCUACGCAGACAAUCGAGGGGAUCUACAAGGUGUUUGCAGUGUUGCAACUGCUUGGGAAUUGGAUACAAGAGACGUACUGGCCGUGGUUUCAGCGUGUCAUCCUUCGCAUUGGAUGA